AUGUCCGCAAAUGUGAACAUAAAAAGCAAGUGUCCCAUAGGGAACAAAGUAAACGGAACGUGUCAUGAUGAUCCGAGGAUUACUGCUAAAAAGGGAACCGUUUCUGGAGCAAGAAGUUAUGGAUAUUGCACUCACAAUAAGCCACUAAGUACAUUUAUAAGAGACUUAAACUAUAAUAGAAAAUCUCUUCAAAUAGAAAAUGGAGGACCACCUAAACCACUUACUGGAACACACUCUAUGAUAUGGGAGACUGUCACCUACUAUCACGAACAGUAUGGCAGUAACGGAAAUGAUAUAACAAAACCUCUCCUACUUGGAAUAAAAUUUAGUUCCUGGGCACAACACGACUGGUAUGAAAAUACUGGAAAUAGUAUAAAAUGGAAGAAAGUUGACGAUCCUACCCAUUUCCCUACAGACAACAAUAUUCCUGUUAGCCCAGAAUUUAAGGGAAAACUUGAUGGUCUCGCCUGUUCUCUUCAUAACCUUCAUAAAAUUGACAUACACAAUCAACGUAACUCUUACACGUGUUCUGUCUGUAGUAAAGCGAAGAUAGGGUUUAAAAUAGACAGGUUUCCACAAGUACCAUAUGGAUAUACCGGAUUUGAGUAUACUUUACAAGACCUUGAAAACAGUAUAACUCAUCCUGUUGUUUAUGGAGGGACGACGAUUAGAUAUUCCGAUGAUAGAGCUCAUUACCAAGACUUUAAAAUUUCACAUGAAGGGAAUUAUGAAAGUAUAACUGUUUACUACUGGGAGGGUGAAGGUGUACGAGAAAAUCCUCUCAUAAUAGAAGUUAAAACAACUGGCCAUGUGACAUUUUGGUUCGAGAAUACUGGAGAUAAGAUAACAUGGGUUAAUAUUACAGGAACACCCGGAUUUCCCAGUACUAAUGUAGACCAUACUAAUUCCCAGUUCAAGGAUAAGCUUGACGUUCUCAGCUGCAAAUUAGGGGGUAUUGUUGAAAUAGAUCUCUCCAAACACGCAGAUGAGGAAUAUUGUCAUAAUGAUGGAACACAUACUAAAAGAAUAAAGGUUGCGCUUAACCCUAACAUAUUUGGUUUCCCCAAUUAUCUUACAUUUGUUCAUACCCAAAAGAGAGGGAAUGAGCUCACUAUAGGUGGAUUUAAAAUUGGAGAUACUCCACAAACAGGCUUUUCAGGAUUACAAUCUCCUAUUAAAGCUUCUAAGAUUACGGUAUUCCUACCAACGUGCGAUCAUAAUAACCCCUUCCUUUUCCAUAUAGAAUCUAAAGAUGGGAAUAAUGGAAAGUGGUUUAAGAGAACUGCUGGUGGAAAUAAUUGGGAGGAACACAGUGGGCUAACAGGCCAGACACCGGAAGGAGCUAAUGACUAUGUUAAGCAAGCAUUCUCAGAGCUUACAAAGGGCUUAACUGUGACACCAUGCAAGGCUCCUCCUAGUGUGAUCCAGUUGGAUAUUAAUAAGAGACCGGCCGAUAGGCAUACCGAAACAGUAUAUCUUUCUGGUGGCAUACCUAUUCAUGUUAAAAAGGCAGCUACUUCUACAAAUGGUUUCUUUAAGCUAGUCCACAGCACUGCCAAAACUCCUUUCAAACUAGGGUUAAACGUAGCUCGUGAUCAGACAAUAAAGAAAACUAAAAGUCCAGGAACACCAAUACUGGAUGUUCAGGAAGUAGCAGUAUAUUUUUGGACUUUGAAUCACAACUUACCCAUACUGCUUGGAGUUACAACUACAGAGGAAAAGUACUAUUCAUAUGGUUCAACUACUGGAAACAUAGGUCACGGUAGUUGGAUUAACUUCAGUUUCUAUGCCAGUAAACCAUCCACGUACCUGCUCGAUGAUCAGAACUGUCAAAGAAACCAUGCAGUUCCAUUUGACCUCAAGAUUCCAACAGAUCCAUCUAUACUAUACACCAAUACUCAGGCACCUGUCUGUGUACAAACUACAAGAAGGAUCACAGAAUCUGACUCUCAACUUACACAGGAUCCUCCAAAUAGCAACUAUACCACAAAGGCCUACAAUAUGAAACCACAUACAAAAAUUUCUAGAGUAACCCAUAAAGGAGACGAUACUACUGGUAUCAAUCUUAAAGAUGAAAAGAUAUCCAAGGUUAGAGUGCAUUCUUAUCCCGGAGACCUGGACGGCAAUGACACACCUCUCAUGCUCCAGUUUAUGAAGCAUGAUGGAGAUUCAGAAUGGUUUGAGAGUACAAACAAAGAUGGCACUCAAUGGGCACCAGUUACUGGGAAUACUGGUGGUUUCUAUAGUAGUGAACAACCUACUGAGAACCUUACAAAUAAAUUGGACAGUAUUGCAUGCUCCAUUGGUAUUGGUGUUACCAUGAAUCUAUCUCUGGACAAUUCCAUGAGACAUGUCAAUGGAACUAAAUACUGUUGUGAUAGCUCUAGUGUGGCAGAAAUGAAGGUAACAGUAACCGAUAAGCCAGAUUCUUUAAAUGAGAUGCCCAUUACAUGCUACAAACAUGAGAUUGGUGGCGGAGAUAGUCUUGCUGGGAUUAAGUACUAUGAGAAUGGAGACGCUACUAAAAGAAAGAACAUAACUGCUGCCGGAUUAUAUUUCCCCAUCUCUGGUUCUCUCAGCGUCUAUACUUUUUAUUGUAAAGAUAAGGAUCCAGUGCUUAUAUAUAUUGAGGGUGGGAAACCUGGUGUUAAUAAGUGGUUCAAGAAAAGUGAUGAUGGCAAUAAACCAUGGGUUAGGCUCUCCAAUGAACUCCCUAAUGAGAUACCUGACAAUUUCAAAGAAUGUGACAAAAAGACGAAACUCCUAGAACAACUUGGGAAACUAGGUUGUCCUAAUUCAUGGCAUUGCUCCCAAAACUCUAGUGGUACCACUAUGGUUGGUAUAUCCUACAACAAUUCUAUCCCACAUGACCCUAAUAAUUCUGCUGUUAGUGGUCAAGGUGGAGCUGGAAGAAAUCAGGCUAAUGAUACAAAAGGCGAUACUUGGUCAUGGUUUUCGGAUAUUUUUCAAACAACUUUUGAUUCACUACUUAAAUCUCAGAAAAAUACUAAAAAAACUACUGAAACUCCUGAAAAUUCCAAAACACAAACUGCUCCUGAUGAUCAAUCUCACGGAUCUACUAGACAACUUGGCUCAUCUGAAAAAAGUACUACUGAACAAAAUUAUGAAGAAGCUAGUGAUAAAAGAGGUCCCGGUCAACCUGUUCCUAGAGAAUCUGAGUCUGGUACUUCUUCUCUUCCUCCUGAAGCUAAACCUCCUCCGCCAGGUACUGGUCCUGCUGCUCCUGCUGAAGAGGUUGGUAAAGCUGAUACUGAUAUUCAAGAAUCUACUGGUGGAGGUUCGGGUGGUAGUCAAACUGAUGGAACUACUCCUCCUGAACCUACUAUUCCUGGAGCUACUCCUCAUGAAGGACGUAUUGAAGCUCAAGUUUCCUCUCAACCUUCCGCCCAACUUUCUGAUUCUGCUCAAGAAGCUGAACCUCAACUUCCUCAAGCUGUUAGUGGUCUUGAAGUUGUUGGCGGAGCUGUUGGUCUAGGGUCAAUCGUCUCUUCUGUUUUUGGUGGAGCUGGUGGUCUUACUGGAUUUGGUUGGUGGAUCUACAAACGUUCUAAAGGAGAUCCUUUGGUACUGGGUACCUAUCCAGCGAAUUUGUACCUCUGGUUUACAUACAUUCCAAAACUCCUACCGUUGAAAUUGCACCAGAAAAGCGGUCUGUGGAAAAGUUUUCCUAAGUCGUCCAUACACCGAAAGAGACCAUGA